UUUCCUGUCUGUGGCGCUGGUGUACAUGUUAUCCCUCUGAGAUCAGUGCAGACUGCUGUCUGCCCCCCCCCCCCUCCCUGCUGCAGCCAUGUCGGUCCCGUCGGCCACCAUGGCCUUCGUGCCGGCCCCCAGCCCCACGGUGGUGGACCAGACCACCCUGAUGAAGAAGUACCUGCAGUUUGUGGCAGCGCUCACAGACGCCAACACACCCGAUGAAACGAAGCUGAAGAUGAUGCAGGAGGUCAGCGAGAACUUUGAGAAUGUGACAUCGUCUCCUCAGUACUCCACCUUCUUGGAGCACAUCAUCCCUCGCUUCCUCACGUUUCUGCAGGAUGGAGAGGUGCAAUUCCUCCAAGAAAAACCUACACAGCAAUUGCGGAAGUUGGUGCUGGAAAUAAUCCAUCGAAUUCCUACAAAUGAGCACCUGCGACCGCACACCAAAAACAUCUUGUCUGUGAUGUUCCGCUUCCUGGAGAUUGAGAGUGAGGAGAAUGUGCUGAUAUGCCUCCGCAUCAUCAUUGAGCUGCACAAACAGUUCCGCCCUCCGAUUUCCCAGGAGAUUCAUCACUUUCUGGACUUUGUGAAGCAGAUCUACAAAGAGCUUCCCAAAGUCGUUACCAGGUACUUUGAGAACCCGCAGGUGAUCGCAGAGAACACGGUCCCCUCCCCAGAAAUGGUCGGGAUGAUCACGUCGGUGUUGGUCAAGACGGCACCUGAGAGGGAAGACAGCGAAACACGAACACACACCAUCAUCCCCCGGGGGUCUCUGUCCCUCAAAGUUCUGGCUGAGCUACCUAUCAUCGUGGUGCUGAUGUAUCAGCUUUAUAAACUGAACAUUCACAAUGUGGUGUCGGAGUUCGUGCCCCUCAUCAUGAACACCAUCAUGCUGCAGGUGUCUCCGCAGGCCAGACAACACAAGCUUUACAACAAGGAGUUGUACGCCGACUUCAUCGCUGCUCAGAUCAAGACUCUGUCAUUUCUGGCCUACAUCAUCCGCAUCUACCAGGACCUGGUAGGGAAGUACUCCCAGCAGAUGGUGAAGGGCAUGCUGCAGCUGCUGACCAACUGCCCCUCCGAGACCGCCCACCUCCGCAAGGAACUGCUCAUCGCCGCCAAGCACAUCCUCACCACGGACCUACGCAGCCAGUUUAUUCCUUGCAUGGACAAACUCUUCGAUGAAUCCAUCCUGAUCGGCUCUGGCUACACCGCACGAGAGACUCUGAGACCCCUGGCCUACAGCACCCUGGCAGACCUGGUGCAUCACGUCCGUCAGAACUUGCCCCUGACAGAUUUAUCCCUAGCCGUGCAGCUCUUUGCCAAGAACAUUGAUGACGAGUCCCUUCCCAGCAACAUCCAGACCAUGUCCUGCAAGCUGCUGCUCAACCUGGUGGACUGCAUCCGCUCUAAGUCAGAGCAGGAGAACGGCAAUGGGCGGGACAUCCUGAUGAGGAUGCUGGAGGUCUUUGUGCUGAAGUUCCACACCAUCGCACGCUACCAGCUGGUCUCCAUCUUCAAAAAGUGCAAGCCCCAGUCAGAGAUGGGUGUGGUCGAACCAGGAGUGUUACCUGGUGUACCGGCCACACCCACUCCAUCCACCACUCCGGCCAUUUUACCUCCUCCCGCUCCUCCCACACCCGUGGCUGCGGCGCCUCAACCUCCAUCAACGUCCUUAGACAGAGCUGGUGAGAAGGAAGACAAGCAGACGUUCCAGGUGUCCGACUGCCGCAGCUUAGUGAAGACUCUGGUGUGCGGAGUGAAGACGAUCACCUGGGGCAUCACGUCCUGCAAAGCUCCAGGAGAGGCUCAAUUCAUUCCUAACAAGCAGCUUCAGCCGAAGGAGACCCAGAUCUACAUUAAGCUGGUGAAAUACGCCAUGCAGGCCCUGGACAUCUACCAGGUUCAGGUUGCCAACAACCAGCAGACGUACAUCAGGGUGGCAAACUGUCAGACUGUUCGCAUGAAGGAGGAGAAAGAAGUCCUGGAGCAUUUUGCCGGAGUCUUCACCAUGAUGAACCCUCUCACAUUCAAGGAGAUCUUUCAGACCACUGUGCCCUACAUGGUGGAGAGGAUCUCCAAGAACUAUGCACUGCAGAUUGUGGCAAAUUCGUUCCUGGCCAACCUGUCAACGUCGGCUCUGUUUGCCACCAUCCUCGUGGAGUAUCUUCUCGAGAGACUACCAGAGAUGGGCUCUAACGUCGAGCUCUCAAAUCUUUACCUCAAGCUUUUCAAACUGGUAUUUGGCUCAGUGUCACUGUUUGCUGCUGAGAAUGAGCAAAUGCUAAAGCCACACCUCCACAAGAUCGUGAACAGCUCCAUGGAGCUCGCCCAAUCAGCUAAGGAACCCUACAACUACUUCCUGCUUCUCCGAGCUCUCUUCCGCUCCAUUGGUGGAGGCAGCCAUGAUCUUCUCUACCAGGAGUUCCUACCGCUUCUACCUAACCUGCUGCAAGGUCUGAACAUGCUGCAGAGUGGGCUUCACAAGCAGCACAUGAAGGAUCUGUUUGUGGAGUUGUGUCUGACGGUGCCGGUGCGUCUGAGCUCCUUGCUGCCGUACUUACCGAUGCUGAUGGACCCGCUGGUGUCGGCUCUCAACGGCUCUCAGACUCUGGUCAGCCAGGGCCUCCGCACCCUGGAGCUGUGUGUGGACAACCUGCAGCCCGACUUCCUGUACGACCACAUCCAGCCCGUCAGAGCCGAGCUCAUGCAGGCGUUGUGGCGUACCCUUCGUAACCCGGCUGAGAGCAUCUCUCACGUGGCCUACCGGGUGUUGGGAAAGUUCGGUGGCAGCAACCGGAAGAUGCUGAAGGAGUCUCAGAGGCUGCAUUACGUGGUGACCGAGGUCCAGGGGCCGAGCAUCAAGGCAGAAUUCACCGACUGCAAGGCGUCCAUACAGCUCCCCAUGGAGAAGGCGAUAGAGACGGCUCUGGACUGUCUGAAGAGCGCCAACACGGAGCCGUACUACAGACGCCAGGCCUGGGAGGUCAUCAAGUGUUUCCUGGUGGCCAUGACCAGUCUGGACGACAACAAGCACGCCCUCUACCAGCUCCUCUCUCAUCCCAACUUCGCUGAUAAGUGGAUCCCCAAUGUCAUCAUCUCUCACCGCUACAAAGCUCAGGACACGCCGGCCCGCAGGACUUUUGAGCAGGCUCUGACGGGGGCGUUCAUGUCAGCCGUGAUAAAGGACCUGAGGCCCAGCGCGCUGCCGUUCGUCGCCAGCCUGAUCCGCCAUUACACCAUGGUGGCCGUGGCCCAGCAGUGUGGUCCGUUCCUGCUGCCGAGCUACCAGCUGGGCAGCCAGCCGAGCACCGCCAUGUUCCACAGCGAGGAGAACGGCUCCAAGGGCAUGGACCCGCUGGUUCUGAUCGACGCCAUCGCCAUCUGCAUGGCCUACGAGGAGAAGGAGCUGUGUAAGAUCGGAGAGGUGGCCCUGGCCGUCAUCUUCGACGUGGCCAGCAUCAUCCUCGGCUCCAAGGAGAGGGCGUGCCAGCUGCCCUUGUUCUCCUACAUUGUGGAGCGUCUGUGCGCCUGCUGCUAUGAGCAGGCCUGGUACGCCAAGCUGGGCGGCGUGGUGUCCAUCAAGUUCCUGAUGGAGAGACUGCCUCUGAUCUGGGUCCUGCAGAACCAGCUCACCUUCCUCAAGGCUCUGCUCUUCGUCAUGAUGGACCUCACGGGAGAGGUGUCAAACGGAGCAGUAGCCAUGGCUAAGACGACCCUGGAGCAGCUGCUGGUGCGCUGUGCGACUCCACUGAAGGAUGAGGAGAAGACUGAGGAGCUGCUGGCCGCCCAGGACAAGUCCUUCCAUAUGGUGACUCAUGACCUGGUGCGAGAGGUCACCUCCCCAAACUCCACCGUCAGGAAGCAGGCCAUGCACUCCCUGCAGGUGCUGGCUCAGGUUACCGGCAAGAGUGUGACUGUCAUCAUGGAACCACACAAAGAGGUGUUGCAAGACAUGGUUCCCCCGAAGAAGCACCUGCUCCGCCACCAGCCUGCCAACGCUCAGAUCGGCCUGAUGGAGGGCAACACCUUCUGCACCACCCUGCAGCCCCGCCUCUUCACCAUGGACCUCAAUGUCAUGGAGCACAAGGUCUUCUACACAGAGCUGUUGAACCUGUGUGAGGCAGAGGAUGCUGCUCUGAUGAAGCUUCCCUGUUAUAAGAGCCUCCCCUCCCUGGUUCCCCUGCGCAUCGCCGCUCUCAACGCCCUUGCAGCUUGUAAUUACCUGCCACAGUCCAGAGAGAAGAUCAUUGCCGCCCUGUUUAAAGCCCUCAACUCCACUAACAAUGAACUGCAGGAAGCAGGGGAGGCGUGCAUGAGGAAGGUCAGUGCAACACCUGAUUGUUCUUGGUUCCUGGAGGGCGCGACCAUCGAGGUGGAUCAGAUCCACACUCACAUGCGCCCCCUGCUGAUGAUGCUGGGGGAUUACCGCAGCCUGACGCUCAACGUGGUGAACCGCCUCACCUCCGUCACACGCCUCUUCCCAAACUCGUUCAACGACAAGUUCUGUGAUCAGAUGAUGCAACACCUGAGGAAGUGGAUGGAGGUGGUGGUAAUAACACACAAGGGAGGCCAGCGCAGCGAUGGCAGUCCUGCGUUGGAGGGCGUUGAGGAGAUGAAGAUCUGUUCGGCCAUCAUUAACCUUUUCCACCUGAUCCCAGCGGCGCCUCAGACUCUGGUGAAGCCUCUGCUGGAGGUGGUCAUGAAGACAGAGAGGGCCAUGCUCAUCGAGGCUGGCAGUCCUUUCAGGGAGCCUCUGAUCAAGUUCCUGACGCGUCACCCAUCUCAGACGGUGGAGCUGUUCAUGAUGGAGGCUACGCUCAACGACCCCCAGUGGAGCCGCAUGUUCAUGAGUUUCCUGAAACACAAAGAUGCCAAGCCUCUGAGAGACGUGCUGGCUUCUAAUCCGAACCGCUUCGUCCCCCUGCUGGUUCCCGCUGGCACUGCAGCCACGGUUCGACCCGGAUCGCCCUCCACCACCACAGCCAGACUGGACCUGCAGUUUCAGGCUAUCAAGAUCAUCAGCAUCAUAGUGAAGAACGAUGAGGGUUGGCUGGCAGGGCAGCACUCCCUGGUCAGCCAGCUGAGACGAGUGUGGGUCAGCGAGGCCUUCCAGGAAAGACAUCGCAAAGACAACAUGGCCGCCACCAACUGGAAGGAGCCCAAGCUGCUGGCGUUCUGCCUGCUCAGCUACUGCAAGCGUAACUACUCUGAGAUCGAGCUGCUGUUCCAGCUGCUGCGGGCCUUCACAGGACGCUUCCUCUGCAACAUGACCUUCCUGAAGGAGUACAUGGAGGAGGAGAUUCCUAAGAACUACUCCAUCGCCCAAAAGAGGGCCCUGUUCUUCCGCUUCGUCGAGUUCAAUGACCCACACUUCAACGAUGAGCUUAAAGCUAAGGUGUUGCAGCACAUCUUGAAUCUAGCCUUCCUGCACAGCUUUGAGAAGGGGGAAGGGGAGCAGCUGCUUGGACCCCCCAACCCUGAAGGAGACAAUCCAGAAAGCAUCACCAGUGUCUUCAUCACUAAGGUUCUGGAUCCAGAGAAGCAGGCGGACCUGCUGGACUCUCUGAGGAUCUGCCUCCUGCAGUUCUCCACCCUGCUGGUGGAGCACGCCCCCCACCACAUCCAUGACAACAACAAGUCGCGCAACAGCAAGCUGCGGCGCCUCAUGACCUUCGCCUGGCCCUGCCUGCUGCCCAAAGCCUGCGUGGACCCCGCAUGCAAAUACAGCGGACACCUGCUCCUGGCUCACAUCAUCGCCAAGUUCGCCAUCCACAAGAAGAUCGUGCUGCAGGUCUUCCACAGCCUGCUGAAGGCCCACACCAUGGAGGCUCGGGCCAUCGUGCGACAGGCGAUGGCCAUCCUCACUCCAGCUGUUCCCGCCCGCAUGGAGGACGGCCACCAGAUGUUGACGCACUGGACUCGCAAAAUCAUCGUGGAGGAGGGACACACUGUACCACAGCUGGUCCACAUACUGCACCUCAUCGUGCAGCACUUCAGGGUGUACUACCCAGUGCGCCACCACCUGGUUCAGCACAUGAUCAGCGCCAUGCAGCGUCUGGGCUUCACCCCCAGCGUGACCAUCGAGCAGAGGAAGCUGGCCGUGGAUCUGGCUGAAGUCGUCAUCAAGUGGGAGUUACAGAGGAUCAAAGACCAGCUGCCGGAGUCGGAUGCUGAAGCUGUGGCUGGUGGUGAGGGGACGAGCGGGGGGGCAGUGAAACGAGCUCUGUCUCUGGAAGCUUCUUCUUCCUCUGCUGUCACUGCUCCUGGAGGAGGAGGAGCAGGAGGAGCAGGAGUAGGAGGAGGAGGAGGAGGAGCUGCUGCUGCUGCAGGACCGGACGCCAAGAGGUUCCGCACGGCAACAGGAGCUCCAUCAGCGGUGUUUGGCCGCAGCCAGUCCAUGCCAGGAACAGAGACCCUGCUCACAAAGCCUGUCGAGAAACAACAUACGGACACCGUGGUCAACUUCCUCAUCAGGAUCGCAUGCCAGGUGAACGACAGCACCAACGUGGCGGGGUCUCCGGGGGAGCUGCUGUCGCGGCGCUGCGUCAGCCUCAUGAAGUCCGCCCUCAGGCCCGACAUGUGGCCGCGCGCAGAGCUCAAGCUGCAGUGGUUCGACAAGCUGCUUAUGACUGUGGAGCAGCCAGCCGCGGCUAACAUCUCCAACAUCUGCACUGGACUGGAGAUCCUCUGCUUCCUGCUCACAGUGCUGCAGUCCCCGGCCAUCCUGGCUCACUUUAAACCCCUCCAGAGAGGCAUCGCUGCGUGCAUGACCUGCGGAAACACCAAAGUCCUGCGGGCUGUCCACUCCCUCCUGUCCCGCCUCAUGAGCAUCUUCCCCACAGAGCCUAGCACGUCAACAGUGGCAUCUAAGUAUGAGGAGUUGGAGUGUCUGUACGCUGCUGUGGGCAAGGUCAUCUAUGAGGGGCUUACCAACUAUGAGAAAGCCACAAGCAACACGAACCCCACACAGCUCUUCGGAACACUAAUGAUCCUGAAGUCGGCCUGCAGUUACAACGCCAGCUACAUCGACCGGCUCAUCUCGGUGUUCAUGCGCUCGCUGCAGAAGAUGGUGCGGGAACACCUGAGCCCCCAGGCGGCCACCCCGGGGGUCACUGAGACCAGCACAGUGACCAGUGAGCUGGUGAUGCUGAGUCUCGACCUGGUGAAGACUCGCCUGUCAGUCAUGAGCAUGGAGAUGAGGAAGAACUUCAUCCAGGUCAUCCUCACCUCGCUGAUUGAGAAGUCACCUGACCCCAAAAUCCUCCGAGCCGUCGUCAAGAUCGUGGAGGAGUGGGUGAAGAACAACUCUCCCAUGGCGGCCAAUCAGAUGCCCAACCUCCGAGAGAAGUCCAUCUUGCUGGUGAAGAUGAUGACCUACAUAGAGAAGCGUUUCCCCGAUGAACUUGAGUUAAACGGCCAGUUCCUGGACCUCGUUAAUUACGUCUACAGGGAUGAGAGCCUUUCAGGAAGUGACAUCACGUCCAAGUUGGAGCCCGCCUUCCUCUCGGGGCUCCGCUGCACUCAGCCGCUGAUCAGAGCCAAGUUCUUUGAGGUGUUCGACUCCUCCAUGAAGCGGCGCGUCUACGAGCGGCUGCUCUACAUCUGCUGCUCUCAGAACUGGGAGGCCAUGGGCAGCCACUUCUGGAUCAAGCAGUGCAUAGAGCUGCUGCUGGCGGUGUGUGAGCGAAACACCAUCAUCGGCACCAGCUGCCAGGGCUCCAUGCUGCCGUCAAUUACCAACGUCAUCAACCUCGCUGACAGCCACGACCGCGCCGCCUUCGCCAUGGCAACGCAUGUCAAGCAGGAGCCACGUGAGAGAGAGAACAGUGAGACCAAGGAGGAGGAUGUGGAGAUAGACAUAGAGUUGGCACCAGGUGAUCAAACAGCCAUCCCAAAGAGUAAGGAGCAGGCGGAGAAAGACGCAGGAAACCAGCUUCACAUGCUGACUAACCGCCAUGACAAGUUCCUCGACUCACUACGGGAGGUCAAGACGGGGGCUCUGCUGAACGCUCUGGUGCAGCUCUGCCACAUCUCCACCCCGCUGGCUGAGAAGACCUGGGUUCAGCUCUUCCCUCGCCUCUGGAAGAUCCUCUCCGACAGGCAGCAGCAUGCUCUGUCUGGAGAGAUGAGCCCCUUCCUGUGCAGCGGCAGCCACCAGGCGCAGAGGGACUGUCAGCCCAGCGCCCUCAACUGCUUCGUGGAGGCCAUGUCUCAGUGCGUACCCCCCAUCCCCAUCCGCCCCUGUGUGCUGAAGUACCUGGGGAAGACUCACAACCUGUGGCUGCGCUCCACCCUGAUGCUGGAGCAGCAGGCCUUCGAGAAGGGCCUCAGCCUGCACAGCAAACCCAAGCAGAGCACCGAGUUCUACGAGCAGGAGAGCAUCACACCCCCGCAACAGGAGAUCCUGGACUCGCUGGCAGAGCUCUACUCUCUGCUCCAGGAGGAGGACAUGUGGGCCGGUCUGUGGCAGAAGAGGUGCAAGUUCCCUGAGACCGCCACUGCCAUCGCCUACGAGCAACACGGCUUCUUUGAACAGGCCCAGGAGAGCUACGAGAAGGCCAUGGAGAAGGCGAGGAAGGAUCACGAGAGGAGCAACGUCUCCCCCGCCAUCUUCCCCGAGUACCAGCUGUGGGAGGAUCACUGGAUACGCUGUUCUAAGGAGUUGAACCAGUGGGAACCUCUGACUGAAUACGGCCAAUCCAAAGGUCACUCAAACCCUUAUCUCAUGCUGGAGUGUGCCUGGAGGGUUUCCAACUGGGCCGCCAUGAAGGAGGCUCUGGUGCAGGUGGAGCUGAGCUGUCCUAAGGAGAUGGCGUGGAAGGUGAACAUGCACCGCGGCUACCUGGCCAUCUGCCACCCGGAGGAGCAGCAGCUGAACUUCAUCGAGCGGCUGGUGGAGAUGGCCUCCAGCCUGGCCAUCCGAGAGUGGAGGCGGCUGCCGCACAUCGUGUCCCACGUGCACACGCCGCUGCUGCAGGCGGCGCAGCAGAUCAUCGAGCUGCAGGAAGCGGCUCAGAUUAAUUCGGGGCUGCAGCCGGCGAACCUGGGCCGAAACACCAGCCUCCACGACAUGAAGACGGUGGUGAAGACCUGGAGGAACCGCCUGCCCAUCGUGUCCGACGACCUGUCCCACUGGAGCAGCAUCUUCAUGUGGCGCCAGCACCACUACCAAGCCAUAGUGACGGCGUAUGAGACGAACACACAGCACGAUCCAAACAACAACAACGCCAUGCUGGGAGUUCACGCCUCGGCCUCUGCUAUCAUUCAGUACGGAAAGAUCGGACGCAAACAGGGUCUGGUGAAUGUGGCGCUGGAUAUUCUGAGUCGUAUCCACACCAUUCCCACCGUGCCCAUCGUGGACUGCUUCCAGAAGAUCAGACAGCAGGUCAAAUGUUACCUGCAGCUGGCGGGCGUCAUGGGCAAGAACGAGUGCAUGCAGGGUUUGGAGGUGAUCGAGUCGACCAACCUGAAGUACUUCACCAAGGAGAUGACUGCUGAGUUCUACGCUCUGAAGGGCAUGUUCCUGGCACAAAUCAACAAGUCAGAGGAGGCCAAUAAAGCCUUUUCGGCGGCGGUUCAGAUGCACGACGUCCUGGUGAAGGCCUGGGCCAUGUGGGGGGAUUACCUGGAGAACAUCUUCGUCAAAGACCGGCAGCUCCACCUCGGGGUCUCCGCCAUCACCUGCUACCUGCACGCCUGCCGCCACCAGAACGAGAGCAAGUCCCGCAAAUACCUGGCAAAGGUGUUGUGGCUGCUCAGCUUCGAUGACAAGAACACUUUAGCGGACGCUGUGGACAAAUACUGCAUCGGGGUCCCGCCUAUCCAGUGGUUGGCAUGGAUACCGCAGCUCCUGACCUGCCUGGUGGGAUCAGAAGGAAAACCUCUGCUCAACUUAAUCAGCCAGGUGGGACGAGUGUACCCGCAGGCUGUCUACUUCCCCAUCCGCACCCUCUACCUGACGCUCAAGAUCGAGCAGAGGGAGCGUUACAAAAGUGAUUCCUCAGGACAGCAGCAGCCCAGCUCAGUGGGGGCCCAGCCUCACUCGGGGGCCUCGGACCCCGGACCCAUCCGAGCCACGGCUCCCAUGUGGCGCUGCAGCCGCAUCAUGCACAUGCAGCGCGAGCUCCACCCCACGCUGCUCUCCUCCCUGGAGGGCAUCGUGGACCAGAUGGUGUGGUUCAGGGAGAACUGGCACGAGGAGGUGUUGAGGCAGCUCCAGCAAGGUCUGGCUAAAUGCUACUCCGUUGCCUUUGAGAAGAGCGGCGCCGUGUCCGACGCCAAGAUCACUCCUCACACUCUGAACUUUGUGAAGAAGCUGGUCAGCACCUUUGGAGUGGGCUUGGAGAACGUUCCCAACGUCUCCACCAUGUUCUCCAGCGCCGCCUCCGAGUCUCUGGCCCGCAGAGCAAAGGCCACGGCGCAGGACCCCGUUUUCCAGAAGAUGAAGGGACAGUUCACUACAGACUUUGACUUCAGCGUGCCGGGCUCCAUGAAGCUCCACAAUCUCAUCUCCAAGCUGAAGAAGUGGAUCAAGAUCCUGGAGGCCAAGACCAAGCAGCUGCCCAAGUUCUUCCUCAUCGAGGAGAAGUGCCGCUUCCUCAGCAACUUCUCCGCUCAGACGGCCGAGGUGGAGAUCCCCGGGGAGUUCCUCAUGCCCAAACCCACACACUAUUACAUCAAGAUCGCACGGUUCAUGCCCCGGGUGGAGAUCGUUCAGAAACACAACACGGCGGCGCGUCGUCUCUACAUCCGCGGCCACAACGGAAAAAUCUACCCGUACCUGGUGAUGAACGACGCCUGCCUGACGGAGUCCCGCCGAGAGGAGAGGGUCCUGCAGCUGCUCCGCCUCCUCAACCCCUGUCUGGAGAAGAGGAAGGAGACCACCAAGAGACACCUCUUCUUCACCGUGCCCCGAGUGGUGGCAGUGUCGCCUCAGAUGCGUCUGGUAGAAGACAACCCUUCGUCUCUGUCUCUGGUGGAAAUCUACAAACAGCGCUGUGCCAAGAAAGGAAUCGAACACGACAACCCCAUCUCCAGAUAUUACGAUCGCCUGGCCACGGUGCAAGCCAGAGGCACACAGGCCAGCCACCAGGUCCUGCGGGACAUCCUGAAGGAGGUGCAGGGGAACAUGGUGCCCCGCAGCAUGCUGAAGGAGUGGGCUCUGCACACCUUCCCCAACGCCACCGACUACUGGACCUUCCGGAAGAUGUUCACCAUCCAGCUGGCCCUCAUCGGCCUGGCGGAGUUCAUGCUGCACCUCAACAGGCUGAACCCCGAGAUGCUGCAGAUCGCUCAGGACACGGGGAAGCUGAACGUCUCCUACUUCCGCUUCGACAUCAACGACGCCACGGGCGAUCUGGACGCUAACCGCCCGGUUCCUUUCCGCCUGACGCCCAACAUCUCCGAGUUCCUGACCACCAUCGGGGUCUCCGGCCCGCUCACCGCCUCCAUGAUCGCCGUGGCUCGAUGCUUCUCUCAGCCGAACUUCAAGGUUGACGGCAUCCUGAAGGCGGUGCUCCGCGACGAGAUCAUCGCGUGGCACAAGAAGACGCAGGAGGACACGUCCAUGCCUCUGUCGCCCGCCGGCCAACCGGAGAACAUGGACUCCCAGCAGCUCGUCUCAUUGGUCCAGAAGGCCGUCACCGCCAUCAUGACCCGCCUCCACAACCUGGCUCAGUUCGAGGGGGGGGAAAGCAAAGUGAACACACUGGUUGCCGCCGCCAACAGCCUGGACAACCUGUGCCGGAUGGACCCCGCCUGGCACCCCUGGCUCUGAGGAGUCAUGUGACGAAGAGGAGAAGAAGAAGAAGAAGAAGAAGAGAUCCAGGGAUUUGUUUUUGUUUACGUUUAUCUGAAAACUAUCACAGAAAAACCUGAAGGACUCUCGAUCAAAGUACACUGAAAAAGUUAAAUCAGGUGGAAACAAACGGCUGUCACAUUGAUAGUUAUAUCUGGAUUUUUUUUUUUUUUUAAAUCAAACACAAUUUCUCCCCCACCUUCUAUUUAUUUUUAUAAUUCAAUGACGGGGACUUUCUGUGUGAUGCCGGUAGAAAUACUAUUGUUGGUGUCAAAAUGAGCCACUCACUCAAUCUGUUCGGUCUGUGUUGAAUUUCACCCGCAUCAGUUUGAUUGUUCUCCUCCCAAAACAGCCAUUUGUCCUCUUAAAUGUGUAUUUAAGCCGACAACUGUGUCGCCUCUUUUCUAUUCGUGCACAUUGAGGGAUUUUAUUGUCCUGUGAAACAGAUUAUGCUCUUUAUUUUCUAUUCCCAAAGCCAUGUUACUUUAUAUUUCUUUUCUCCCCCCCUCAGCCCUGUUGUAAUGUAACAAUGUGAAACUUCAGGGCGUAGUGACACUGUAAGGAGCUGUAACGGCUUUAAAGUCAGCUGUGUAUGCAUAUCCUCCUCUUUUUGUAAAGGUACAAUGCUUUUUCAACAGAAGUGUUAUUUCUUCCCAUGUAAAUAAGCAUUUUGUUUUAAUAAAAUGCUCUUUUUUAAUACAGAA